UAUGCGGACAGAGAUCAGGCUCAGGGGCACACAGCCUGCGGGAGCCCCAAAGCCAAGGAGGUUCUGCCGCGUCAGCAGGGCGUGGCCGCCACCACAGCCAGAAUUGAAGCAGCCUCCCCCAUCGUACCUCUGGAUCCACUGCUUAAAUACAGGUGAGGACAAGGCUCUGUCUCCUCAGCCUUGGUCACCAGCCCCAACCUGGGACAGUGAAUCGACAAUGGCAUCCUCCACCACGCGGGGCCUCCUCCUUUUGGCAGGCCUGUGCUGCCUGGUCCCCAUCUCCCUGGCUGAGGGUCUCCAGGGACACGCUGUCCAGGAGACAGAUGCACCCAAUCAGGAUCGUGAGCACCACAUGGAAGCAGCCUGCCACAAGAUUGCCCCCAACCUGGCCGACUUCGCCUUCAGCUUGUACCGCCAGGUGGCCAGCGGAUCCACCACCACCAACAUCUUCUUCUCCCCAGUGAGCAUCGCUAUAGCCUUUGCAAUGCUCUCCCUGGGGGCCAAGGGUGACACUCACACCGAGAUCCUGAACGGCCUAGAUUUCAACCUCACUGAGAUAACAGAGGCUGAGAUCCACGAAGGCUUCCAGCAUCUCCUCCACACCCUCAACCAGCCAGACAACCAGCUGCAACUGACCACUGGCAACGGUCUGUUCAUCAACGAGACCGCAAAGCUAGUGAGCAAGUUUUUGGAAGAUAUCAAGAAAUUGUACCACUCCGAAGCAUUCUCCAUCAACUUCAUGGACACUGAAGCGGCCAAGAAACAGAUCAACGAUUAUGUAGAGAAGGGAACCCAAGGGAAAAUUGUGGAUUUGGUACAGGAUCUUGACAAAGACACUGUUUUUGCUCUGGUGAAUUACAUAUUCUUUAAAGGCAAAUGGGAGAAGCCCUUCGAUGCGGAGCGCACCACAGAGGAGGACUUCCACGUGGACGCGGAGACCACGGUGAAGGUGCCCAUGAUGAGCCGCCUGGGCAUGUUCGACCUCCACUACUGCGACACGCUCGCCAGCUGGGUGCUGCUGAUGGACUACGUGGGCAAUGCCACCGCCUUCUUCAUCCUGCCCGACGAGGGGAAACUCCAGCACCUGGAGGACACGCUCACCAAGGAAAUCCUCUCCAAGUUCCUGGAAAAGAGAUACCCAAGUUCUGCCAAUUUACGUUUUCCCAAACUGUCCAUUUCUGGAACCUACAAUCUGCAGACUCUCCUGGGCAAACUGGGCAUCACCAAGGUCUUUAGCAAUGGGGCUGACCUCUCCGGGAUCGCUGAGGAAGUGCCCUUGAAGCUGUCCAAGGCAGUGCACAAGGCCGUGCUGACUAUCGAUGAGAAAGGAACAGAAGCUGCAGGAGCCACUAUUCUGGAGGCCAUCCCCAUGUCGCUGCCCCCAGAUGUCAGCUACAACAGGCCCUUCAUCGCCAUCAUCCAUGAUAACACCACCAAGGCUCCUCUCUUCGUGGGGAAGGUGGUGAAUCCCACCCAGAAAUAACUGCCUCUCUGGGUUCAGCCCUCCCCUCCCAAGCCAGUACCCUCCCCCCAUGGCAUUAAAGAAUGACUGACCCAGCCCCA